UUGGGGGUGGGGCCGCCAUUUUGGGGGCGGGGGGAAAGCAACAUGUCUGUCAGUCUGUGUGCUGCAGGGGCAGUGCCCCCUUGCCCUCCUGGCCAUUGGCUGCUCUGCCACAGUGCAGAGAUAAUGUGCGGGGUAAGAAGGGGUGUUGACACCGCAGCCACUGUUUUCCCCUGGCCCCAAUGCAGUUUUCAAGAAGCUAAUGGCUGUGUCCUGCUCUGCACAGUUUUGUUCUAACAGUGAUUAUAGUUUAAAGAAUGUUUUUUUGUAAACCACGAGGUCAGGAUAAUCACUUAAAGAACUGUCUUCUCCCAUAACAUAAGAACAAAAAUAUUUUAUCAUUUUGCUGAGAACAUUCUUUCUCUGCUUGGGAUGGUGGUUUACUCAUGUAGAACUUCAUUUAAUGCAUAUUGUAUCCAAAAUUCCUUAUACGUCUCAAUCACAAUAUAUCCCAGUACCUUUGAUGCUAGGAAUUUCUAAAAUAUAGCACGUGAGAACCUGUAAACAAUUUAUAUAUGCCAGGGAAAAAAAAGAAAGAAGAUGUGGAAAUAGAGGGCAGGUGAUGACAGAAGGGUACACCAGGGAAAAUGAGAUUUUGUGCCACAUAGAAUGGUGCUGUGUAGUUCUACUCUCUCUUUUGUAUUUGUCCAUCGUUAGGGUUUUAUUUUUCCCUCUGGCAAAACAAAUGCCUCCAUCUCCAUUGGUAGAAGCAGAGAAGAAUGAAUGAGAAAGUGUACAUCAGAAAAGGAAAAAAGCCAAGUGAUCCUAAAAGCGUCAGUUACGUACCCUGGCAAAAUGAGACAGUAAAUAGAGCAAGAAUUUCCUAGUUCAGCAUCAACACAUAAAAUCUAUGUGCUCCAGAAAGCUUAAUUCUCUGUUAGCUGUGGAAUUCUCUGUUACUUGUGGAGCCCAUGAAAAUCCUCAGUUGGGACACAUUUGGGCUUCUCUGCAAUUCCAGCCAGCUCCUCAGGGUGUAGGGUGCAAGAACAUAGCAAAAAAUAGAUAAACAAGAGGGUAACAAGGAUGAAGGAAUGGCACCUGUUCAAGAGGAGAUUAAAGCAACUGGAGUAUUUCUGCUUGGAAAAUAUGUAGGAAAGAUGCAGCCUAGCAAUCUGACCUGAAUAUGAGGCUGGUAAACAAGGAACAAUUAGUUGUUGCACAAUAACUGUGAGAUUACAAAGAAUAUUAUCAGGCCCUUACUGAUAUCAGGCUCCACAAGAGAGGAAGCAGCAUUCCACACAGUGCGUAAUCUGACCAUGUAAAUUAUCUCAGAUUCUGAGAAUAUUCAAGGUUUCCAGAAGCAGAGUGAGCAGUUCACAGGAGGAAGGCUCAUAGAGCGGCCCUACAAUGCCAGCUUACCCUAAAGCUUGCUCUCACCACUCUCAUCACUAGUGUUAAGCUCUUGCACUCACCAAACUGAAGACAACAUUCUGUGUCUUGCGGAAGAGUACCAACUCCCUGGGUGAACCCUGUAUUUAUCACCACCACUCUGUGGCCUUCAGAACAGCCAGGAAUUUACUGCACGCAUUUGAAUGGCCCAAGAAGCUGGCAGUUCAAACCCAGUGUUAGUUUCUUGCUGUUGGAACCCAAUACAGUUGGAGCUGACAGUGCCAGUGGCACAUCUGCAGUAUGUAAGAAGCUUCAGCUUCUGCCCAUCAAGGAUCUUAAACCCAGAAGUAUUCUCAGUUUUGACAUUAGUUGAAUCUCUUGGACAUACUGCAAGUCCAUGCUGAGAUUUUGCCAGACAUACUCGUGAAAUAAUUAACGUUUCAUUUGAAGUACAUUUAUGAAGUGGACUUAAAUUCACUUCAAAAUACUUACUCCCAAGUAAUCAAUCCUCAGCUUUAACAUAACUGUGUAAUUCAAACAGUCUACUUUAUGCCUUGCCUACAGUGUACAUGAAUUUUAACUCAUAAUUUAUCUGAAUGUGAAUUUUUAUAGCAGAAUGAAAGUAACAACCUGAUCGUUUUGUGGGGAAAAAAAAGAAAAAGAAAAAAGAAAAGAAAAGAAAAGAAAAAAAGAACAGCUUGCAAAUCUUGAAAUCUUGCUUUUCUGCUGGAUUUGAACUCUGCUUUUUUUUUACAUGGGGGAAAAAAAAAAAGGCCUGAACAUUUAGUUAUUCUGUAACCAGGCAUUUCAGGUCAAAGACACAGAAGGGUUCAGAAAAGAUAAGCAAAAUUAAAACAUCAAGGUCAGAGGAGCUCUUCUUAAGAGGAGUGAAGACAAAUCCAAUGAGGAAGCAGAACACAAAUCAAUGUCAUAUCUACACUUUGCUUCCUUGCCAAAGACACUGAAAGAGUCUCCAAGAAGUAAAUAGAUAUCUCCCAUUAGAGUGCCAGUGUUGUCAAGGGAAGCAUGAAAUAAAACACUCACUGCUGAAGAGAUUGCUUCUGAGUGCCUCCCCGGAGGAUUACUGGGAACAAGAGCCUGCUGUAACCAUAGGGGAACUGGUUUUAUUUCCAGUGCUACGUCCUAAAGGCACCUUGGCUAUGAGCCUGCAUUCUGCCUCUUUUUGUGGGAGACAAGGAUUGAAACAGGAGCUACUUUCCUGGUACACUGAUACGUUUCGCUGUCUCAUGCCACCCCACUCUGGCUGUUAGCUUUGGAAGCGGUACAUCGGGGGUUUCCUGUGCAAGAGGAGCUACUGGGCACCUCUUUCCUUGCACAUUUUUCAAAGGCAGUGGGCAAGGGAGUUUGGUUGUGUUGCCUGUGGGACCACUUGCUGGCCUGUCACUGUGUGCCUGGCAUAAAGAAAGGCUCACAAGGAUGCUUUGGAAACACCUCUCCUAGUGUGACGGCAUUUUUUGAAACAGUCCACCUUGAAAUGGGGAGGAACAAGAGGAUGAUUUACAGCAUGGUGUGACAUCCUGCUCUGACUUGUCUCCCUCUGAGGUGGGGAGAUCUUGUUUCCCAGAGAACAUAGUUCUAAGUGAGAGCUCUGACCUGAGCCCUGCCAUGCUGACAAUGAACAGCAGAACAUCUCCCUCUGGGGAGGAUGCAUGUCUGUGGGAUGAAGUUUCACAGGGGCAGCCAGAGGAAACUCUCAGUCGGAUGUGGAGUGGGAUUCAAAAGAUUAAUCACUCUGGAACAGGGCUGCAGUGCCAAAGAUGCUUUGUUCCAGGCUGGAAAACACCCAGGACUGGACAAGCAAAUGGAGACUGUGCCCAUCUCCCAUUAAGCUUUAGCUAAGCAGUGCUAGCUGUGUGCACAAAGCUUGGUGUGCCAUAUGCAGCUUCAUUCAUGAGUCAAGCAGUGCAGUGAGGCUGUAUUGGAAAGGAAUCAUUCUUCCCAGAUGUGACUGGCACAGAAAUGCUAAACAUCAGUCUUGUCAGGCUGUAAAGCCUCUUAGCAGCCUGUUGACUUUGCUAACUCACUCACUGGUAUCUGUAAAGAAAGGGUGGCACAGUCUCUUUGUCUGCAAAAUCAGUUGGCAUCUAAGAUGCUCUGAGAGCUUCAGAAUGACUAUUUUCUUAAAAAGAAAGAAAGAAAGAAAGAAAAAAAAAGCCUAAUAUCUGAUUUAUCAGGACGCAUUUCCUCUAUGUAACUAGGGCUGAGCCAGUCAGAACAAGCAGUAUCACUUUUAACCCCAGGGUAACUGAUUGCAGCGUCAUUUACUCAGCGUGCUCUUUUAAUACUGAUUAUGCCAAUAGCCUGAGCAAAUAAACUGGAAGUUCCCGACGGCUCAUUCUUUGGAAAAAGGUCAUUCACCCUGUGCUGUGCAUGGCCCCACUAAAGAGGUGUGUUUUUUCAGGGACUGGGGCAAACCUCAUCUGUUGGACUCCCCUCACAGGUGAGUCAGAAGCAGAAUGAAUCAGAGUGCAUAGCACUCCAAGAGGACAGGACCUGGUCGCCAUAGGAAGGAGCUGACGGGUGCUCGGGGAGACGUCUUCACACAGUGGGGCUUGAAGACAUGGAAUCUGCACACUGAAGAAACACUGGUGAAGUCGUGAUCCACCCCAGUUGCACAGACAAAUAUGAAGUUACUCUGGAUAAUCUCAUUUUUUCUGCUGCAAGACACUGAAGCUUUCCUGCUGCAGAAUGCUAAAAUCAAACAGUGUUUACAAGCCAGCCCAACGGACGGGAAUUUAUUGCUGUCGGACUGUAAUUCAGCAUCAGAUUUCCAGAACUGGGUUUGGCAAGGAGAUUAUUUGAGGAAUCGUGGCACACAGAGCUGCCUCUCCGUGGUGGAAGCCAACAGAGUGCAGACAAGUCCUUGUGACAGCAUGGGCUUCACAAGGUGGGACUGCUCCAACUCAUUGCUCUUUCCUCUGGGCAGCAGCCAGGGCUACCUGGUGGCAAGCAAAAAAGGAGUCACGCUCGAUAAUGUGAGAGGUCUCAAGGCUCAGUGGCAAAGCACUGCAGAGAGGAGUGUGUGCAAGGAGAAAGCAGCAGCACAAUAUAGCUACUUACCCGCAGCCCUUACCAGCACACGUGUGUAUGACCACACAGCAUUCAGUGCUGAACUUGUGCUGGAUAUGGAGCCAGAAAAGCUGGAGGAGCUGCUGUGGUUCUUCCGCAGAGAAGACCCAUCAGCAUGGAAUUACUCCAUCCUUGUGCUUUCCUUUGUGGUCACAAUUUUGGGUUUUGUCCUUCUGGCCAUUAACAUUUCACGAAACAGGAAAAGGAAGAAGCAUAAAGAAGCAGUGCAAGCUCCCCAGAAUUCUGAGCUGGAAAGCAAGCAAGCCCUUCUACCAGUGCCAGAAUACAGCCCAGAAAGCCUGCAGAAGCCAGAGCCGCUGCCACAGGACGAGAGAUCGGGAGAGGUGCUGGUUCAGUGGAAGGAUGGGACUGUCACCACUCUGUACAGAGAGACAGCAGAGGAUGCCAUGUAACAGCUGAUG